GCAACGACAAACAUGAAUCCCACGGGGAAGUGCGAGAGCUGUACAAAUCCAGAUCAUGGCGCCGAGAGGUAUACCCAGACUUGGUGAGUUGGAGUACAUAAAGUAUGGAGCCCCGCGACCCUCACAUCUGAUGUUGCUAUUCCCUUCCUGGAAACAUAACCCGCCAAGCCUUGAACAUCACUUGCUGUGUCAGCACCCAGGAUGAAGAUUCGACAGAGGACGACAUGUCAAAUCUGCAGGCAGAAGAAGAUCAGUUGUGACGGGAGAAAGCCUUCAUGCGGCCAAUGUCUCCUCCGUAACAUCACCUGUCCCGGAUAUCCACCGGAUUGGAUAUUCAUCUCUCAGUUCGCUCCAUCUAACAUUCAGACAAAGCCGAUGCUUGCUAGAGUGGCUGGUCACCCUGGCGUAACCAAGCAUCCUCCCUCUCAGCUUCCAGGCAUACUCUUGAGCCGGAAAACGCAUGAGCCGAAUGGGAGUCUCAGGUCGCUUUACCACGAAGACCUACCGCUUGACAAGCUGAUAGAAAUCAUCAUCCAGGGAUAUGUUCCAGGUACUGAUGUUGCGGCGAUUCAGAGAGGCGCCAGUGCGUCUACUCCUCGAAUAUGCGGGGCGUGGGCAGAAGUACUACCAGAUCUCGUCAAAGCUGGUAACGACACAGCUUUGAAUGCCGCCAUCAAAGCCUUUGCUUUCUCCAUACUCGUGUGCGAGACGCAACGCAAGAUCCCCAUGGCGACGGCGCUUGAAGCAUAUAGCGUAGCGCUACGAUCCGUCAACGACUCGCUAAAGAUCCCCAACAAGUCGUCGUUGGUUCAGCUAAUGGCUGCUGUAAUGUGCUUGCUCUUUGCUGAGCUUGUGUUGCCAACAAGCCUUGAAAGCUGGACCGCUCAUUUAGAGGGACUUGGGGAGUUGAUGCAGACGCGAGAGCCACAGUUCUACGCAUCAGGCAUCGCCCACAGGCUAUUUGUCGGGGCAAGACCGGCAUUGAUUGUACUGAAGAUCCAGUCGAGAAAGGCAUCUUUCCUUGCCUCAGAAGAGUGGCAAACAGCUCCUUUCCAAGAGAUCAUUCCCUCGCCAAUGCAAGCCUUGAUGAACGAAGCAACUGUUAUUCCGGGCAUCAUUGAAAGAAUGAGCCAGGAGGCUGGAAUCACGACUGCUGGCAGGCUAUUGACGGAGCUCGAAGCAUUGCUUGACCGACUUGCGCUGUGGGAAACAAGCUUCCAGGCCACUCCUGAGGCCCCUCGUUUCUGGUAUGAUGGAGACUGCAUCUGGUUUGACAGCCUCACAACAGCUAACGGCCUGACGCAUUGCUGGGCAUUCAAUGUGAUUUGCUUGACAUGUGUCGGGAAGAUUGUGGGCUUAUUUCCAGACCUGCGUCCCUUUGCUCGUAUAUCACGAGGGAUGGUCUCUCAAGAAACCAGGCGGAUGUCGAUGCUCAUAUGCCGGAGCACCAAGUAUUUGAUGCAAGACAAGAUGAAGCUCUUUGGGCCAACAUCUAUUGUCCUCCCCCUCCAAACGGCGUAUGACACCCUGAAGGCUGGAGGCGCCGAAACGGAGAGGGAUUUCGCUUGCUGCAAAGAGAUACUCGAGUCAGCUCUUGGAGAGAAGCACUUUUUAUCGCUCUUUUUCAAAGGAGACGUGUAA